AGCCUGCCAUGCUAACAUCCAACAGAACUUGAUGCUACUCGGCUAAAUGCUUUCGGAUCAACUCUUCUACUACACAAGUGGUUUUGUUGCGUUUAUAACAAUUGUCAGCAGAAGAAAAGCGAGUCGCCAUCUUCCGGAUUCGGUCUCCGCUUCGUUCUCAGAGAAGUUAGUUGGCUAAAGCGUUCGAAUGGAAAUGUCAACAAGCCAGAGUUUAAGACAGUUUAUCAACGAGAGGUUACACACUGCUGCUGAAGACAUAUUUGGAUGUUUUGAAGCGACUGUCGCAAAGUACGAGGAUGAGAUCGGUCGUCAGCGCAGACUGCUGGAUGUAACUUUGAAACCUGUAGUAAAGCUGCAGAGAAUAGAGCUCCCACAGCGAAGUGUCUGUAUCAAGGAAGAGUUUCCUGCUGAGCUGCUGGAGAGGAACCCCAGUCCAGACCAAGAGGAGCCAGAACCUCCACAGAUUAAGGAGCAGGAGGAGGAGCACUGCAUCGAGUUCCCAGAGCAACAUUUUAUUAUUGAGGACGAGUUUCCAUCUGACCAGCAGCUCUGGAACCUUGAGAGGAACCCCAGUCUGGACCAAGAGGAGCCAGAACCUCCAAAGAUUAAAGAGGAGGAGGAGCACUGCAUCGGUCUGGAAGUAGAGCAGCUUGAACUGAAGCAGGAGGAUCAAGAUAACGUUUUGUUGAAUCCUACUUUCAAGGAAAGUGACCACAGUGAACCAGAACCAAGUGACCACCAGCUCCUCUUCCACAGCUCAGCUCACAGCCAAGAUCUCAACGAACGCAAGCAUGGAAACUCAAAAUCAGUUAAAAAUGCAGAGCAGGCAUCAGAAAAGGGACAUCAUGUCAUCACAAGAGCAAAAGAAAGCACAAGUCCCAGUAACCUUGCAUGUAGCACUACCAUGUCAAAUAUUGUGCCGAAUAUCUGCAAGAGUAAAAAGGUUUUCCAGUGUGACACUUGUGGAAAAGUCUUUAAGUGUAAGUCAGGAUUAAAUGGACAUCUGAGGUUGCACACAGAUCAGAAACAGCAUUCUUGCAAAGUGUGUGAUAAAAGUUUCACAACUCGCACAAAUUUGACGAGACACGAGAGAACGCACACGGGCAAGAGACCUUUUACUUGUAAAACUUGUGGGAGAAGUUUUAGCCAGAGAGUUUCUCUGCAGGUCCACGAGAGAACACACACAGGCGAGAAACCUUUUACUUGCAAAACUUGUGGGAGACGUUUUAGACAGAGACCUUCCUUGCAGGUCCACGAGAGAACACACACGGGCGAGAAACCUUUUAUUUGUAAAACUUGUGGGAGAAGUUUUAGCCAGAGAGCUUCUCUGCAGGUCCACCAGAGAACACACACAGGCGAGAAACCUUUUAUUUGCAAAACCUGUGGGAGAUGUUUUAGCGAGAGAAAUACCCUGAAGAAUCACGAGAGAACACACACGGGCGAGAAACCUUUUUCUUGCAAAACUUGUGGGAAAAGUUUUAUUCAGAGAAAUCACCUGCAGGUCCACGAGAGAACACACACUAAGGAGAAACCUUUUACUUGCAAAACUUGUGGGAGAAGUUUUAGCCAGAGAGCUUCUCUGCAGGUCCACGAGAGAACACACACAGGCGAGAAACCUUUUACUUGCAAAACUUGUGGAAGAAGUUUUAGCGAUAGAUCUACCCUGAAGAAACACGAGAGAACACACACAGGCGAGAAACCUUUUAUUUGCAAAACUUGUGGGAGAUGUUUUAGCGAGAGAAAUACCCUGAAGAAACACGAGAGAACGCACACAGGCGAGAAACCUUUUACUUGCAAAACUUGUGGGAGAAGUUUUAGCCGGAGAAAUACCCUGAAGAGUCACGAGAGAACACACACGGGCGAGAAACCUUUUUCUUGCAAAACUUGUGGGAAAAGUUUUAUUCAGAGAAAUCACCUGCAGAGACACGAGAGAACGCACACUGGGGAGAAACCUUUUACUAGCAAAACUUAAGGGAAGAGUUUUAAAUGUGGAAGUAGCUUGAAAGUCCACAUGAGAAGCCAUAAAGAUGAGGAGUCGUAUCCAUGUACAACUUGUGGGGAAAGAUUAGUUAUCAAAUCCCUUCUAACAAAACAUUUGAUCACCCACACAUUGCAAAACUGAUAUUUUUGUAAAAUGUUGGAAAGAUCUCUGACUUGCCAGUUUAUACAGAGUCCACAGGAGAAAUCCUCCAGUUGAGAAGCCACACCAUGGCAACACGAAAGGUAUAAGAUUUGCUCAAGCGUUGUCAAAGAAGUUGUUACUCAGUUAAUGAUUCAUUAAGUAGUGAUACAACAGUUGGCGAAAACGACACCGGAAAUGUUUCCAGGGGUCCAAAAAGUGAUGAACCUUGUUGUAGUUCAAUGCUUUAUGAAGUUCCAUCACCACUGAUGAGUAGCAGACUUCAAUAACUUCACAAAGCAUUGAACUACAGCCAGGUUCAUCACCUACAGCUACACAAGAGAGAUUGUGUACAUUUGCAUUAGCUGCAUCUCUGCAACUGAAUGUGGGAAAUAUCCCAUUGAGGAGAUAUCACAAUAUCUUUGAUGGUCAACCACAUUUGCUGAAGUACCCACGUUUCCGUUCUUCAUGUGACUGUGAUUGAUAUCUACAUCUGCAAAGGAAGUGAUGUUUUCAUCCAUGUCUCUUUGUUUAUUCAUUUGUCAGCAAUUUAUACCAAAUGGUGCAGGAGGGGGACGGGGUGAGAGCAAUGUAUUGGGUUAAGGUGACAGAUCCAUUUUAUUUUAUUAUCACUGAAUGUUGAGAGAUGUUGUCAAUGUGUCAGGAAAGACUGGAUCAAAAUGUAAAAAUCUGACAUUUGUGGUACAGAGAUUUAUAAUAACACAGUAUGUGGUGCAGAUUAUCAGAUGACUUCCCUUUUUCUUUUCUCUUUCUUUUACAAAGAAGAAAAUAUGUUGUUAAUGUGUACACAGUCCUUAAUGACUGUCACUGUAAAUGGUUAUUCUUGUGUACUACGUGUAUUCAAUACUUCAGUGCAUUUGCAGUUCAUUAAAGUUUCUUGAAUUAUGAUGAGUGUAUUUUGUGUCUGUCACACGUUGAAUCUGUGUUUGUCUGUGUGGAGAAAAAUUCCCCUGACUAGGUGUCUCACUGCUAUGACCUUGAUAAACAGGAUGGAACCCUUA